UCAAUUAUCUUCCGUGUAGCAGCUAACGGCCAAAUAAAAGCCUGUGGUUCGGCGUUGAAGCAGAUGGAUAGCAACAUGGAAGGCCGGCUGGUUUAAUUUCUAACUGACAUUUAGAAAAAGACGCCGAUCAUGAGUGAGGCAGUCUCCGGGAUUGUAGAGGGAAUGGAUCGACAAAUCGAGCAGGAUUUUCUUCUAGAAGGCAAAAUUAGUGAUUGUUUUAUCACUCUCUGGAAAUCGUCCUAGUCCUGAAACAACAAAGCUGUGUGCGACAAGGACACCAUGUCGUCCGCCUCGGUUGGGAUGUCGGAUUUAUCGGACGAGAUCGUGUUGUGCAUCCUCCGUCACGUUCCGGUGUGCGACCUCCUGACCAACGUGGCAAAUGUCUGCCAGAAGUUGCACACGCUUUGCUACGACAAGACCCUGCUCACAAACGUCAGAUUGUCUGAAGAAUAUCUGGCUGAUGAUCAGUUGGUCCGUCUCACGCUGAAGCUGCUAGCCAAUCACGUGCAGUCUCUCAGCCUCAACAGCUGCUACUGGCUGUCGGGCUCCACGCUGGAGCAGCUCGGUCGCUGCAGAGGAGUCACACAUCUGGAUGUCACCGGCUGCCGCCUCACUUCCCUCUGCCUGUCGCGUCUCCUGUCCUCGUUGUCGUCGCUCAGGUCUCUGGCUUUCGACGUCAGGCCCUGUUUCAACUCCGCUCAGCUCAGCUCAGAGGCCGUGGAUUCCCUGAGCCGCCUUAAGGAGCUGAGGCAGACGCUGUGCACGCCGAGCUACGGCGUAGUGCCUUGCUGUGCCCAACUCCGCAAGCUGAUGCUGCAGUUUGACAUCCCUGAUGUGACCAGGGAAGGCGUCGGUGUGUGCUGUCAGCUGAUGGUCGGCCAGAGCAGCGUGCCACAUUACGAACAGCUGGAGGAGUUCACGGCCAGGCUGGCCCCAGGAGAGGUAAACCAGACGCUGCUCCUUCUCUACCUGGCCGUGUUUAGCGUUCACAUUCCGAAGCAUCUCAGGGUCUUCCUCGUUUCAAUUCCUGGUCCGAGCCCGGCCCACUGGCCCGCCGCGCCGUCGCUGGCCAAGAGCCUCGGUCGCCGUGGAGACCUUGUGGCGCUGCAGCUCCCGCGCACCUGGCUGGACCCGCUGUCCCUGAAAGAAGCUCUGGAGGGAAACAGCCCCAAGCACCUGAGCUUCAGCCGCUGCCCCGCCUUGUGGCCGCAGGUCUUUCAGUCGCUGCUGAACGGGGGAGUCAGAGACGCCGCGCAGCUCGUCAGCCUCAACCUCAGCGGCAUCAACCACGUCCCGUACUCGGAGUGCAGGAGCGUGGAGGAUCAGCUGGCGGCGGGGACGAUGAGCCAAGUGGCUGCGGCCUGCGCAAACGUUAAACAUCUCAACCUGAUGCACACGCAUUAUCACCACGAAUGCUCACCUGGGCUGGAGGGGGAAACGCACCUGUGUGCCAGCUUGGGGGGGUUCAAACACCUGCGCUCCCUCACCCUGCCCGCGUGCGCUCUGUCAGACGGCGUGAAAACAAACCACAUCUCGGCACGUCACUCGGCUCCCUCCCUGCUGUUCCAGGGACUAAAGAAGGCUCCGCGCGUGGGGCUCCCGAACUACAAACCUGACUCGGAGCCUUCCCUGGCCGGGGACAGCACCUCCGGACUGGCGUCGCUCAUCGCAGGCUGUCGCUUUUUAGAAACCUUGGAGCUCAUCGGCCCAGGCUUCGCCUCGGCGCUGCCUCGGCUCGAGCCGUGCACCCGCGCCGGCGUGGAGCCUCGCGGGAUGUGCGCUUGGGCGCGGGGGGUCGGCGACGCGCACCUGGCGGCGCUCGAGGCCCUACCCCGGCUGCGUCGCUUGACCCUGGCCGGGCUCCCCGGCGUUCUGAGGGGAACGGGACUGGUGCAGCUGGCCAGGCAGUGCAGAGACCUGCGGGUGCUGUCCUUAGCCAACCUGGGAUCGCUGAAAACCGUGAACUACACGGCCGCCCUGUUGGAGACACUCAAACAGUGCACGCAGCUGCAGGAGCUCAGGUUGGAGCAGCCGCACCUGAACGCCAACGCGUCUUUCUUUGAGGCCCUGUCCAGCUGCUCCCGCCUGCAGCGGCUCUGCCUCAUCUCGCGCAGCGGCGCCUUCGACCCCGUCGCCACGGAGACCUUCAUGGAGCGAUGCUGCCAGGUCAUCGUGUGCCACAUGUUCAUGGGCGGCACCCUGGUGGCCUGUCGGACGCUGCAGAAAUCCCUGCUGGACAGAUUUUCCGCUGAACGUUCGGCGCUCAGCGUGGUGAUCUAUCCGCUACAACACGAGGACCUGCCAUCCGUCAUCAGGGGCAUCCCGCUGACCCUGCUGGAUCGCAUAACGUUAUUCCAGAGCCACGUGGCACAACCUCCACAUUUAUCACCCAUGUGACGUGGCCGGUGAUCCUCUUCAAUGUAAUCGCUGCUCCUGGAAAAUAAAACGAUACAUCAGCGUAACUGUUUACAUUUGCAGGGUAAUUAUGGUUUGUCAAAGGGACAAAUGCUCGUUCAUGUACACAUGGGGCUACUUAGGCUACCCAGUCAUCAAUCAUUUCAGCUGUUAAGCCACUCUUGCUUUUUAAAAGAAGUGCCAACAAUAUUUAUAGUUAAUGAAACUUUGUAAAUGAUGCUGUGACUUAUCAAAUGGUCUAAUAAACUUCUUUGAGUAGUUUUUAAAUUA